AUGAACGGCGCGAACGGAGCGCCCAUACACGCACCGGUCGUACCCAAGUUCGCUACCGGUCUUAUCCUCCCGCCUCCCGAAAUCAAAUCCGUCAUCGAUCGUACGGCGCAGUUCGUCGCGCGCUCGGCCAACCCGCCCCAGUUCGAGGACAAGAUCCGGGAGAACCAGCGUAACGACCCCAAGUUCUCGUUCCUCAACCCCGCGGACCCUUAUCACGCGUAUUAUAGGCACCGCCUCGAGCGCGCGCUCAACGGCGAGCCCGACGAGGAGGCGGUGGGCGCCGGCGCGGCACCCGGGGUGGAGGAGGGCGCAGAGGAGAAGGUGGUGGAGAAGGUGGACGUGGGCAAGGAGCCGCCCGUUCCGGAGUUCAUCCUCGACCUCCCGAACAUCAGCUCGAUCGACCUGGACACGAUGAAGCUUACGGCACUGUUCACUGCCAAGCGCGGCCGGGCGUUUCUGCAAGCAAUCUCCGCGCGCGAAGCGCGAAAUCCGCAAUUUGAGUUCUUGAAACCCACACAUUCGCUAUUUGGAUACUUCAACCGGCUGGUGGACCAGUACACGAAGGUACUACUUCCUAGCAAGGAGAUGCUGGCGAGCGUGGCGGAGAAGGCGAAGGAAGGCGCCAGGUGGAAAUUGCUUGAGGACGCGAGGAAGUACGCGAAGUGGGAGAGCAACAAGCGAGCGAAGGACAAGGCCAGAGAGGACGAAAAAGAGGCUGAAAAGAUUGCGUUCGCCGAAAUCGACUGGCACGAUUACGCCAUCGUGCAGACCAUCGAGUUCACGGCAGCUGACGCACACGCCGAACUGCCGCCGCCCAUGAGCGUUCAGGAAGUCGAGAACAUGACGCUAGCGCAGAAACGCAUGGCGGCGAUGAUCAUGGAGAACACAGCAGAAGAUGUGGAAGCUCUCCGUCAACGACAGGCAGAAGGAGAGGCUGCUGCGGCGGCGGCGGCAUCGUCAGCUGGUGCUGGUGGCGGAGAGGAUACGGAAAUGCAGCAGAGCGACGACGAAGAUGCGGGCGAAAAGGAGAGGAGGAGGAGGGAAGAGGAGGAGCGGAUGCGGGAAGUCGAAAGGGCGAGGGCGAUCCAGGCAAGCUCACUUGGCGCAGGUGGGCCGAUGAAGAUCAAAACGGAUUAUGUACCAAAACUGGGCGCAAAAGCCAAGACAUCUGCUACCACGACCUGUACGAUUUGUGGCCAGCAGAUCCCCGUCGACGAACUAACGGAGCACAUGCGCAUCGAGCUGCUCGAUCCGCGUUGGAAGUCGCAGCGAGACGCACUCGAGGCUCGCAAGGCGCAGGCGUCUGAGCUGCAGCGCGGCGCGAACGUGGUCUCUUCGCUCAAAACGCUCGCGCGCACGCGUGUGGAUAUCUUCGGUGCAGAAGCGGACGAGGAGCGGCGCAAGCGCGAGGAGGAGGAGGAGCGCGAGCGGCGGAAGGAGAGGGAGAAGGUCGUUUGGGAUGGACACACGGCGACCAAGGUAUCGACGCAGGACCGCUUCAGCACGAACGUCAACUUCGACGAGCAGAUUGCGGCCAUCCAUCGUGCGAAGGGUCUAGGACCACAAGAGGAGGGCGCGAUUGGCCCCGGAAUCGGGCCCGCCGCCGUUCCGCCACCCCUUGGCUCCGGCCUUCCGCCAGCGCCCGCCUCGCUACCGGCCCCACCACUUGCGGCUUCGCAGCCUGCGUACGCCGCUGCUACUGUCUCUUCUGGCCCACAGCCAGCCUCGCUCUACCCUGCACAGCCCGCGCCGGUCAUGCUCCCGCCUAUACACUUCCAGGGUCUCCCGCCCGGCUUCGGUGCUGGCGGUUACCCCGGCGCGCCACCGCCGAUCGCACCGACGGGUGUCGUGCGGAGCGCGCAGGAGAUGGAAGGCGGCGAGGGCGAGGGAGGCCCACCGGCGAAGAGGCAGAAGGUGGCCAAGUUGCCCCCCGGGCAGUAUUAUCCCGAGCAAGAUUGGAUCAACCUGCACCCUCACCCGAUUAACUUGCAAUUGCAGUUGCCGAACGAACCCAGCAAGCCGGAGUGGAAGCUGGACGGCACCACGAUCACGCUCGUCGACCUCCCUCUCACCCUGCUCGUCUCGACGCUCCGGGAACGCUUCCUGCUGCAGACGGGGAGCGCGCUACCCGCGGGCAGGAUACGGUUCAUGUACGCGGGCAAGAUGCUCACGAAUGCGAACACGAUCGCGAGCUACAACCUGGAGGAGGACGAUGUGCUCGUGUUGAAUGUGGCGGAAACUAAGAAGAAGAAGUAG